UUUUAAAUGGGUUAACAGUUGGGUGGUGCGACGGAACCGACCCCAAGCUCUCUGAAACCGGGGGUUUUUAGGAUGGAGGCAUCCGCUGCCUUUCCCCGUGGGUUUCUGAGCUGCUGAGGUUGGUGUGGGGUGGGGGGGAUCUCUCUUUUCCUCCCCCAUCGGACUCAGAAACCCAACCGAGAGCUGGGAGAUGAAGGGCAGCGGUUGGUCCCUAUGGAGAGGAGGGACACCAGAGCGUCUUGCAAAGGGAAAAAGCCCUUUCCUGGAGCAGGGGGGCUUCAGCUCUUCCCAAAAAACCCAUACUUGUGGAGGAGGGGGAGGAGAGAAGGGCCGUGGGAUCAGUUCCAGUGUGCCCAGCGUUGGUUCUUGGGGGGUUUACCCAAAAUCCAGGUUUCUUGCGAUGUCGGGGUCGGCGCACCGGGGUUUGGGCUCAGUGUGGGAUGCUGUAGGGCUGGGAGGGCCAAACUGGGGCGCUGCAUUGUGUCCAAAGGGGAACCAAAAAGAGCUCUUCAGGUUGUUUUGCUUUAUUUCAGAUAAUUUUUCACCCCGACGGAUCCCUCCGCAGGGAGGACGGCUCUCGUUUUGCCGUCAGCCCGUCCAUCAUCGUGUCACAAUUUUAGGAAUGGGGUUGAUGCGUUUUGGGGCGAUUUCCCUCCUUUUGCUCCAACUUCUCCCAGGCUUCGGGUGAAGUCUCCGCACUGCUGAGCCCUCGGUGCUGCCUGGGUCCAAUCCUGCUCACUUCGAGUCUCUCUUUGCCACCACUUAUCGCUCACGGCGCCCAGUGCUUGGCAUGGAGGCAACGGGCUCAUCUAUGGGCCGUUGUUUUCCUUUGGCUCCUGCCAUGAAAUUGAAGCCUGCUCUUGAGUUAAGGGUGGAUUUAUCAGCUUUUGGGGGCGUGCUUUGAUCUGGGGCUGAGGGGUGAGUGGUCCAUCCGGCUGCACCUGGCCGACGUGAUGGGAAAUCGGGGGUGACACCAAAAGGAUGUCCCACAUCCCUCCGCGUCCUGCAGCUGGAUUCAAGCAAGGAAAACGGGGAAUUUUCCAUGGGAACUGGCUUUAUCCUGGCUGAGCAUCUUCUACCCAGCAGCUUUGGGAUGGUGGCGUUGGGUGCAAAAUGUUUCCAGUUCCAAGACCCGAUUUGGAAAUGCAGUCAUCCAAUGCACGUGAGCACUGGGUGCCUUGGGGGUUCCACUGGGUGCCCAAAUCCAACUACAGGAGCUGAGCCCCGAUGCUCCGGCAUAAAGGCGAUGAUGGCACCAGAUUUUGGGGUAUUUUUAGGGCUUUUUAAAUCUCUCUGGGGACAAAGUAGCCCAAGCGUUGGGGAGCUUUGCCCCACCACAGGAGUGAAGGCAGCAAAGUGGCCUUUUAGGAGGAAAGAAGAGGGUUUUGGGGUCAUCGUGCCUCCGCUUGGCUCCGCCGUUCUCCUCCCACGGCCUCGGGCUACGGUGGCUGAUAACAGCUCGAAUAAUUCCCUCUCUUCAUUUGCAUUGUUACCUUGAAGGUAUUUAUAGUCUCCCUGCCUUCUCCUUCACUGGCUGUGUAAAUUUAGCUCCUUGGCUCUCCCCGGGUGCCUUUAUCCAGCCGAUAAGCUGCGCUUUUUAGCAUCGCUUUCUUCUUUUUCCCCCGCCCUGCACCCGUGGCAGAGAUCUCCCUUCCUCCAGGUGAUUCUCAUCCCCCCUCAGCCCCCUCUACAACUCCUGCUUGCAGCACAGCACCGAGCAGCACUGUGGGUUUGGGGGCAAUGCGUUGGUUUUAGGGGGGCGAAGUCACCUGGCUCGCUGGGACCCUUGCAGGGUCCCCAAUUUGCUUCGAUCCGUACGGUUUAAGUCAGCGUGGGGAUAGAGGAUUUCUUGGAUUUGGGGUAAUUCUGGCGUUGGCAGUGGGGUCAGCGCCCGUGGCCAGGAUGUUUCUGUUCCUUUAACUCCGCUCAGUGUCUGCAGUAUCCCAAAGACCCCCAGAUUUUGGGAACCAGGGGUCUUUGGGGGUUCAAACUGCGCUCUUUCCAGCUGCAACAUUAUGGGACUUGGGCACUUGUGGGGGGAAGUAGUGGGUUUGAGGGUUUUCUCUGGCUCGUUGCGAGGGUAGAGGAGAUGGAUGGUCCCAAAGCCCAGGGACGCUGUCUGCCUUCCCUCUCUAUAGUGGGACGGGGGAGGGAAAGCUUCGUAUUGGUUGCAUCACCUCCAGGAUGGACCCGGCGCUGUGCAGAGGACGAGCGAUGGGACCCAAAAUCUUACCCAGGGCUUGACUUGGGAAGCAGCAAAUAAGGGACGAGCAGAGGGCAGCGUUGGGAACAGCAGCUUGGAUGGAGCCUGCUGGGUUUUCAGGAGCUGCUCGCUGCUCUCACAGCCUCCUCCGCCUCGGUGAAGCCAUGCUCCUCUCAUUUUCCCCUCUCUUAUCUCUGUUUCUCAUAGAUUUUUCCGGCUGUCCCUGGCCAUCAACCCUCCCGAGUCCCAGCGCGGUGUUUUUUUCCAAGUGACACAGCACAAUCAGCGAGGGAUGGAGAAAGCUGUCCCUACUUUAUCAGAGCAACAGCGAGAGCGCCAGGGAGAUGGAAGCAGAGCUCUGCUAAUGCCACUGGAGCCAAACAAAGAGAAUUUUGCUGCCCCCGAUUGCCCCCAAGGUGAAGAGCGAAGAGCUGCUUUUGUGAAAGAUGCAAAAAAGCCUCUGGAGAGCGCGGCUCUAUCUGGGACAUCGGUGGAAGUGGGGACGGAGCUCGACGAAGCUGCCUUCUACACCGCUGAUGACUUGGUGACAAUGAGCAGGGACACGAAGGGACCCUCUGGCACUGAUCUCUGUCCCCUACAAGAAGACCCCGUCUUCUUCUCUCCGCUGUCUCGCCAAGAGCCCGACAUCGCCCUGGAAGCCUGCGACGUGGCCGAUGAGCCUGAUCCUGCCCUCUCCGGUGCUGUCCCAGCCCCAGCUCACAGGACCGAACUCGGCUCCAAGACCGAGGAGCAUUUAGAGUUCCAGAAGGCUUUGUAUAGAGCAGACGCCAGGAGCUCCCUGGAGCUGCGUGCCAUGACGGUGUCCGGCAGCGUGCCCUGGGACACCUCCGCCCUGGAGACGCGAGCGGGCGAUGGCAGAGAAGAAAGCACUUUAGAGAGACUCUCUAGCUUGAAGGACUCAAAGGAUGUGUCGACAUUCCCUGGGGAUCCCCAGGUUGUAAAUACGGUGCGGGUGGAUCCUGAGGACCUGGAGAGUGACGCCGAGGAGCUGGGUGCUGGCAUGGCGACAGCUGGGAUACCCAACCCUUGCACGGGGCCACCGGUGGGUGGUGGGGAGGAGAAAUACCUUAAACCUGAACCAAAGCAACUUGAAGGCGUCGGCAAAGAGCACUUAGAGAAAAGCAGGAGGGGGACACAGAGGGUCGACUGGAUUUCUCGACCCAACAGAAGCCCAAGUCCUCACUACAAGGAUGUGAGCAAGCCGACGGAUGUAGCAACCAACGUACCCUUCCGGGGACAGGCUGUGCGUGAAGUGCCUCCUGCGCUGACUCCGACAGUGUUCAGGAAGUCUCUGAACCCUGUCCUCAGCAAGUCCAAAACUCUCGAGACCCCCUCGUCCCACAGGAAGGGGCUGGGGGUCGACUCGGACGCGGGUGAGAUGGGUGCGCUCAGCGCAGCUGAGUGGACCAUCCCAAAGCCAGCUCUGCAGCUCAGCACCGACCUCACCAUCGGCAAACAGUCGUGGACGGUGAAUUCUGAGGAUUCGGUGGAGAGGAUCCCACUGAUGUCCCUGGAGCCCACUCCCUGCAGCUCCUAUGAUGUGGAGAUGAGGCCCUAUGUGUGCAGCGUGCUGGUGGAGGAGCAGGGCAAAGAGGAGCUGGGUCCUGAGGAGGAUCCCACGGUGUACACGUGCAUCGAGUGCAGCAUCUACUUCAAGAAGAAGGAGCACCUGAUGGAUCACAUGCUCCAGCACAACCGCGGACCAGGGAGGGACCAAGAUGGGGAUGCUCUCGGAGGGCAGUGCCAGUUCUGCUGCAAUGAGUGUGGGUGGGCGUUCGGGGACCUCGCGUCCCUGGAGCAGCACAAAAGGCUCCACCAGGAAUCCAGGGAAAAAAUCAUCGAGGAGAUCCAGAAGCUGAACGAGUUCCCAGAUGAAGGUCGGGAAGCCCGGCUGCAGUGCCCCAAGUGCAUCUUUGGCACCAACUCCUCCAAGAUCUUCGUGCAGCACGCCAAGAUGCACGUCAAGGAGAGGAAGGACCAAGGGGCAAAGAGCUUGAAUCUCUACGGGGGCGGAGAGCUGCAGGAUAGCCCCGUGCACGGUAUGUACAAACACUUCAAACCCAAUGAGCACAUGCCCCUGCAAGUGCAGGCACCUCCGCACGGCAAAGGGCUCAGCACCUGCAUGCUCUGCAGCUUCCCGGCACCCAACGAGAACAUCCUCAAAGAGCACAUGAAAUACGCCCAUUCCCACCUCUCUUGGGAUGCGGAGGUGUACGAAGAAGAUCCCAACCAACCGGGAACCAGCAGGGAUGCCUACAGCCCCGCCAGGACAGGCUGCUUUGCAGAGACUGAUUAUUUUGGCAAAGCAGACCAGCUCUUCCCUCCGCCCCACCGAGAAAGCGCGUCGCAUUACGACAUGCACAGUUUCGCCGUAGAUCACCCAAGACUCAACAAAAGCAAUGGGGGUAGCAAAAAGGACUACGUGACGUCGGGGUUCCAUGCCAGGAAAGCGGCCCCGUACGCUGCCCGGCACAAAAACCUGGGGCUCUCCUCCACAAAGGCUUAUUCACAGUUUGCUCUGCAGCACCUGAAAAAAAAAACAGCAGCUCAGCACCUCGAAGCCGAAGGCGAUGGUCUGAGGAGUCACUCAGCUGGACUGGAGGAGGUCAGGCACAAAUGGAUGUUUAUCAACGAGGUGGGGGGCGUGGAAGGGGAGUUCUCCAUGGCCGCGGACACGGACUUGAUGGAGCACAGGGUCACCAAACCCGUCACCAUCCCUCAAGCUGCUUUGGACCUCAAGAGGACGUACAGAGACACACUGAGAGCCACGGACCCUUUGAUUGCCUCCGAAGAGCAGCAGCAGCAGCUGCGGAUGAUGGUGCCCAUCGUUCUGCUGGAGGAGGUCAACCCACACCCCAAAGCAAAGAAGCGGCCCCGGGCAAAGCCCUACAAGAAGAAAACAGCAUUCCCAUCGCGGGAGUUUAUGAUGGAAGAGCCUCUUCCCUUGGAUGUGCUCCUGUUGGACUCUCCUUUAGAGUUUGAUGACUUUUUGGACUCCGACUCGCCCAUGUUGAAAAAUGAGGAGAGGAAGUGCCCGUACUGCCCGGAUCGGUUCCACAAUGGCAUUGGGCUGGCGAACCACGUGCGGGGCCACCUCAAUCGUGUUGGGGUGAGCUACAACGUCCGGCAUUUCAUCUCGGCGGAAGAAGUGAAAGCUAUUGAGCAAAAAUUUUCCUUCCAAAAGAAGAAGAAAAAAGGUAUUGCAAACUUUGACCCGAGCACGUUCAGCCUGAUGCGAUGCGAGUUCUGCGGGGCCGGCUUCGACACGCGUGCCGGGCUCUCCAGCCACGCUAGGGCUCACCUGAGAGACUUUGGUAUUACCAACUGGGAGCUCACCAUCUCGCCCAUCAACAUCCUCAAGGAGCUGUUGGCCAACUCGGCGGAGUACCCCAUGCUGCAGGCGGCGGUGGGAGCGGAGCCCUCAUCCCCGGGCCGAGAGCCGCACGGCUUCGUGCCCCGCAAGAGCAUGACCCCCAUCUCCGAGUGCAGCAUUCCACGCUCUCCUCUGUCCCCAUUCCCCCCAUCCUGGGGAGAAGAGUCCUUGCAGUCCUACAGAGACGCCCAGAACCUGACGACGUGUGAGGUGUGCGGCGCCUGCUUUGAAACCCGCAAAGGGCUCUCCAGCCACGCGCGCUCCCACCUGCGGCAGCUCGGCGUGGCCGAGUCGGAGAGCAGCGGGGCCCCCAUCGAUUUGCUCUACGAACUGAUGAAGCAGAAGGGCAAACCCGAUGGGCACCCCAUGGCUCCUCCCACCCUCGGCAAAAAAUCUGCCUCUCCCAAGGACGGCAUUGCCGGUUCCCCGCGUCCCGGGCUGCUCGCGCUCGGCAAAGGCGGUGAGCGCUCGCUGGAUGGCCCCAUCAACAAAGCCAUCAAAUCCCCGCCGGGAUUCUCCAAGAGCCUCUCGCAGCCCGGAUCCCCCAUCCUCAAGAAGGUGCCCCCCGUGCUCUCUGGGUCCCCCUCUCCAAAAAACCCUGAGGAGAAGAGCUCGAAGCUGUCGCUGAGCCCCCUGCAGAGCUCCCCAAAGGCGCAGUGGCCACAGGCAGAUGAGGAAGGACCUCUCAAUUUGACCGCCGGGGGGGAGCCGGUGCGGGACAUCCGCUGUGAGUUCUGCGGGGAGUUCUUUGAGAACCGCAAGGGUCUGUCGAGCCACGCGCGCUCCCACCUGCGACAGAUGGGGGUGACGGAGUGGUCAGUGAACGGCUCCCCCAUCGACACGCUGCGCGAGAUCCUCAAGAAGAAAUCGAAGCCCUGCGUCAUCAAGAAGGAGCCCCACACCUCCAUCAUCGAAACCCCCAAAGGGUUUGGGGAGGAAGGGAUGGACCCCAAGCCCUCUGGAAAAGUGCUGCAGGCCAUGGCCCUCCCUCCACUGGGCGGGCGGACGGGGAAACCCGGCGGCUCCAGCAUCAGCCGCGAGCUCUCGCUGUCGCCGCUCACCACCAAACCCCACGGCGCCUUCCUGACACCGCUGGCCACCAAACGGCCGCUGCAGGACGACCGCCUGGGUCCCCACCCCGAGGUGAAGCACAAGGCCUACAUCCAGACCGAGCUGCCCUUCAAAACCAAGUCGGUGCACGACAAGCCCACGCACACAUCCACCGAAGCGUGCUGCGAGCUCUGCGGCCUCUACUUUGAGAACCGCAAGGCUCUGGCCAGCCACGCGCGGGCACACCUCCGGCAGUUUGGUGUCACCGAGUGGUGCGUCAACGGCUCGCCCAUCGAGACGCUCAGCGAAUGGAUCCGGCACCGGCCGCAGAAAGCCGGCGCCUAUCGCAGCUACAUCCAGGGCGGCCGACCCUUCACUAAGAAAUUCCGGAAUUCUUCGCACGCCCGAGAUCACGACGGAGCACGGAGGAUGCCGCUGAGCCUGCAGCACGGCGGCAUGGCCCUGCUGAGCAAAGGGCUGGCGGCGGAGCUGGCGCACGGAGAGCCCUGCAAGAUCCUGGAUGGCACCGGGGAGCGGCCCAUGGUCACCUCGCCCCUCUCGCUGGUGAAGAUGGAGGAGCAUCAGCGCACGAAUUUCCACAAGUUUGAGCGGAGGCAGGCAAGGCCCCUGGACCCCCCCCUGCACCGGGAGGAGGAGGGAGCCGACUUCCAGCAGAAGAUGGAGGAGACCCGCCAGCCCCCGCCCAGGAUGAGGCCGGUGCCCUCGCUGGUCCCCCGCCCGCCGCAGACGUCCCUGGUGAAGUUUGUGGGUAACAUCUACACCCUCAAGUGCAGGUUCUGUGAGGUGGAGUUCCAGGGCCCCCUCUCCAUCCAGGAGGAGUGGGUGCGACACCUCCAGCGACACAUCCUGGAAAUGAAUUUCUCCAAAGCAGACCCCCUGCGGGGGGACGCCCCGGCCCCCGAGCCCCCCGCCGUGGCCGAGGCUCAGUAACGGAGCCCCCACCCUGGGGGCAACGGAGCCGAACCGAGGCGCCUCCGCCCCCACCCGUGCCUGCGCGUCCCCACGGAGCAA